UAGCCGCAUUGGGGAGGACUACGGCUUAUACCGAAACUGACGAUUUCCUUAGCGAUUUGGAUAAGCCAGUACCAACUUCGGACGUGCAAGGAGUUCUGGGCAAGAAGGCGUCCCUUCCCUGCGAUAUCCAGCCCUUGAAUGCGGAGGAUGACGUCGUCAUGGUGCUGUGGUUCAAAGACCUGGACGGAGAGCCGUUGUAUAGCUACGACAUCAGAGGCCGCUCCAUGGCUCAGCCGAAGCUCUGGUCUUCCCCCCUGGUCUUCGGGAACCGCGCCUUCUUCCGCGGCGGCGCGAACCCCGCUGUCCUCAUGAUAGACAACGUGGCUGCCGUUGACGCCGGCGUCUACAGAUGCAGGGUCGAUUUUAAGAAUUCCCCAACUAGGAAUUUGAAAGUUAAUUUUACUGUUAUAAUUCCACCUAGCCGGCCGACGAUAUAUGACUCGGACCGAAGGGACAGGACGAAACUGGUGGAGCCCUACAAUGAGGGCUCCAAUGUCAUGCUUAGCUGCGAAGUAGAAGGAGGGAAACCACGGCCACGUGUGACGUGGUACCUCGAGAAUGUCGUCAUAGACGACUCGUACGAGCAACGGCCUGACGGCGUGACGGUCAACACGCUGACCUUCCCGAAUGUUGGCCGCCAACACUUGAACGCCAGACUCGUCUGCCAAGCGUCCAACACUAACUUAGCGCCGCCUGAAACCAAAGUUUUGAUACUUGAUAUUAAUUUAAAACCAAUAACAGUGACGAUACUGACCAAAGAGAAGCAGGUGUCUGCUGACAAGAGGUACGAGAUCGAAUGCAAGACCACAGGGUCCAGACCCGAGGCCUACGUGACCUGGUGGAAAAACAAUAGGCAGUUAAAGAGGAUGGCCAAGAAUUUCUCGGAAAACAACGAGACACUAAGCGUGCUAAGCUUAGUGCCAAGCUUGGAGGACGACGGCAAGUUUCUGACGUGUAGAGCAGAAAACAAACACAUAGCCGACUCCGCGAUCGAGGAUAAGUGGCGGCUCAAUGUGCAUUAUGUUCCAGUAGUGGACCUCAGAAUGGGUUCCAAGCUGAACCCAGAUGAAAUCAAGGAGGGGGACGACGUUUACUUCGAAUGUACAGUUAAGGCCAAUCCAAAAACCCACAGACUCGCCUGGUUUCAUGGGAACAACGAGAUCUACCACAACGAAGCAGCUGGCAUCAUCCUCAGUGCCCAAAGCCUGGUACUCCAGAGCGUGACGAGGAACGCCGCGGGAGACUACACGUGCAUGGCUGCCAACAGUGAGGGGAAAGGCACCAGCAAUCCUGUCUCAUUGCUCGUUAGAUACGCACCAGUCUGUGCCGAGAGGCGGGACGGCGAGCUUUUCGGAGCUUUGAAGCACGAGACUGUGUCGCUGCACUGCUCUGUGGACGCCAACCCAGCUCUGGUGUCCUUCCAUUGGACGUUCAAUAACUCCGGUGAACAGACCGAAAUACCACCAAAGUACUACAGCAGCCACGGUCACACCUCAACCCUGAACUAUACUCCGACUACUGACAUGGAGUACGGAACCCUCGCGUGCUAUGGAGAAAACUCAGUAGGUCAGCAGAAGGUGCCCUGCGUUUUCCAAUUGGUUGCUGCUGGGAGACCAUUCCACCUCCAAAACUGCACCGUGGCUAACCAGAGCAUUGACUCCUUGUACGUGGAGUGCGUGGAGAACUUCGACGGUGGUCUACCACAGACAUUCCUCAUGGAGCUAUUGGAACUGCCUUCUCUCAUCGUCCGUUACAACGUAUCAACAAAUCGGACCCCACCAUACUUCGAGAUCAAGGGUCUGCCUCCAGGUGUGAGGUACAGGAUCGACUUGUACGCUGUCAACGCCAAGGGAAGGAGUGACGUGUCCACCAUAGAAACUGUCACGCUGAAAGGACAGGCCAAGUUUACUGGAGAAAGCAGCACCCUGGGUAUAUCUCCGGUGUUGGCGUCUAUAGCAGCCAUGUCAGCUUUAUUAGCAGCGGCCGUAUGCGGUGUUUUGGCGGUACUGUACAAAAGACAUACAUCCAGUCACAGGAAUUUGCCAGCGAAGCACGCUCCUCUAAGUGAGGCAGUAUAUGUAGAACGAGCUGGCCACUGCCCCACUCCAGUGAAACAAGAGGUGGAGUCCAGAGCCGGCAGUGCUGAGCCCAGGGACAGGAUGGGAGCCCGGGGUGCGUUACUGCAUGCCCAGGACCCUAGGGAAGACGAUGCGGAUCCGGACAUUAUACCUUGUUUGUAUGAACGAAGACCGGUCUCCAAUGGCUACAUGAGCUUACAGCGGCCGCCGUCCACGACAAAAAUGACGAAGUCAAGCGGUGAUGACGUCCGCUCAGAGCCGGAUGGGGGCUCCUACUAUAAUGAUUAUAGGAAGAAGGAAUAUAAAAUACCUUUAACUAGUUCAUACCAUAGUUUAGGUCGCGCCAACAAAGGUGUUAAUGCGUGCAGUCCAAGCUCUGCGACAGGAGUGACGUCAUCGCUGACCGCGCAUAGACUACGGCCAGAGGUCGUUACCACUUCCCAUAGAGUUCAAGAGUCCUGUAUAUAAACCCUCCGAUGUAUAUAUACCCUAAGUAUUGACUGUGUUCCUUUAAUAGUGUUAACAUUUGUAAAUUCGUCUUAAUGUAUGUGAUACGCUCGGGUUACGUACUUACGUCCAAUGCUCUGGUAGUGUGAUCAUGACAUUAGAUUUUGUAAAUGGAAUUGUUUAAUUUU